CAAUAUAAAUAUCAAACAGAGAAAGCAAUGCAUAAGCUGAAGUCAUCACAACGGGAAAAGGUUCGCCAAUUUAUUUCGUUCACGAGCACGGGCGAAAAGACGGCAAUCGUCUGUCUAUCUCAACAUGACUGGCGUCUAGACGUCGCUACCGACGACUACUUCUCUAAUCCCGAGAGAUAUUACCGUGAACAGCGACCUUCGACGGAUAAACGGAAACUAAAUCAGCUUUUCGAUCGAUACAGGGAUUCUAGUGAAGAAGACAAAAUUCUAGCCGAAGGUGUUGGUAGAUUUUGCGAGGAUCUUAGGCUUGACCCAACGAGCAAGACUGUUCUUAUCAUUGCUUGGAGGUUUCGUGCUGCAACACAAUGUGAAUUUACAAGAAAGGAAUUUGUAGAUGGAAUGUCAGAUCUGUGUUGUGAUUCUCUUGAAAAAUUAAGGGCAAAGUUGCCUUCAUUAGAUGACGACCUACGGGAUUCUGCAAAGUUCAAAGACUUCUAUCAAUUUACGUUCAUGUUUGCAAGGACACCGGGACAAAAAGGGCUUGAACUGGAGAUGGCCUUAGCAUACUGGAACAUAGUUCUUAGAGAUCGAUUCAAGUUUCUUGACCUUUGGUGUCAGUUCUUGCAGGAAAAUCAUAAGCGGUCAAUACCAAAGGAUACGUGGAAUCUCUUGUUAGACUUCAGCAACAUGAUUGAUGAUACGAUGUCAAACUAUGAUGAAGAAGUCGUGGGAGGAUAAGUUGGAGGGAGGGAGGAAGGAAGGAAGGAUAGCUUCUGAAGGAUGGAUAGUAGGACAGAGGAGGAGGAAAGAGCAGAGAGUAAUGGGCUAAAGAUAGUCUUGCGAAGCUAGCCCUUCCCUUUUACUUCUGGAUGGUGGGGGAUGGUCUGGUACACUUCCUUUGAUGUUGUUGUGUUGCCACUUCACUGAUAAACAGCGAAAGUAAGUGGUCGUUUAUAGUAGUCAGGUGACGUUGGCUAAUUACUGAUGGGAACACUGUGGUUUUUCAUUCCAGAGCUCGUCAUGUCUUGUUUUUGGUCCACUUUGUAAGAACAACACCUUUUGACCAACCUGGUAAGCAUUUCGGCAAAAAGAAGAGUGGAAAAGAUCCUGUCGUUCUCCUUCCAUCCUGCUGUAGCCAGCUCCUCCCCCAUACAGCUUGAUGGAAUGAGAAUGACAGGAUCUUUUCUGCUCUGGUGGUGCUUCCUUUUGCCAAAACGCUUACCAACUUUACCAAAAUCAAGACAUGACGAGUUUUGGAAAAUCACAGCAUUUCUAUAAAGGUCACCUGACUACGAUAAGCGAUCAGUUAUUUUCACUGUUUAUUGAUGAAGCAGCAAUGCGACAACAGCA